CAUCCCUCAGUAGAGCCGGGUAUUGCUUGCAGAUAGGGCGGUGCGCAGGCUCUGUAUCAGCCCCUUUCACCAUGAAGCUCGCCGUCGGUUUGACCUUGGGACUGGUCGCCCAGUGCGCAGCCAAAAACUCGACUUACUACAACCCCGUUCUCCCCGGCUGGCACUCUGAUCCGUCCUGCAUCCACGUCAGCGGAACCUUCUACUGCGUGACGUCCACCUUCAUCUCCUUUCCCGGCCUCCCCAUCUACGCAUCCAAGGAUCUGAUCAACUGGAAGCACGUCAGCCAUGUGUGGAACCGUGAGUCCCAGCUCCCCGGCUAUAGCUGGGUGACCGACAACCAGCAAGGCGGCAUGUACGCUGCCACCAUCCGCUUCCGCGACGGCGUCUUCUACGUGAUUUGUGAGUACCUAGACGCGCCAGGCAAGGAAUCCGGCGUGCUGUUCCGGACCACCAACCCCUUCGACGACGCCUCCUGGAGCGACGCUCUCGUCUUCCCCACCACCAAGAUCGACCCGGACCUCUUCUGGGACGACGACGGCAAAGUCUACGUCGCCACCCACAGCGUCCAGCUGCAAGAAUUCGACCUCACCACGGGCGACAUCGGCCCGCCGAUCCCGCUCUGGAACGGCACGGGGGGCGUGUGGCCCGAGGGGCCGCACAUUUACAAAAGGGACGGCUGGUACUACCUCCUGAUCGCCGAGGGCGGCACGGCGCUGGACCACGCCAUCACAAUGGCGCGCGCGCGGAACCUCACGGGGCCGUACACGCCGGCGCCGCACAACCCGGCCCUCACCAACCGCGGCACGGCCGAGUAUUUCCAGACGGUCGGCCACGGUGACCUGUUCCAGGACGCCCGCGGCAACUGGUGGGGGAUGUGCCUCGCCACGCGCUCCGGGCCCGAGUACAGGUCGUACCCGAUGGGCCGCGAGGCGGUGCUUUUCCCCGUGACGUGGAAGCAAGGGGAUUGGCCCGUCAUGCAGCCCGUCAGGGGCAAGAUGAGCGGGUGGCCGCUGCCGCGGGCCGAUCGGACGAGUGUGCCUGGUGACGGGCCGUUUAAUCAGGACCCGGAUGUUUAUGACUUUGAGAAGCCCGGCAAGGUUAUCCCGAGGAAUCUGGUUCAUUGGCGGGUACCGAGGGAGGGGAUGUUUAGCGUGACGAAAAAGGGGUUGCAGGUGGUGCCGGGGCGGAAUGCUCUGUCUGGGUUGCCGGGAGGUACCGAGCCGGCAGCGAAGGCGAUUUCGUUCAUUGGGCGGCGGCAGACGCACAGUCUGUUUACGUUUAGUGUUGAUCUGGAAUUCGAGCCCAAGAAGAACGGAGAGGAGGCUGGGGUGGUGGCGUUCCUGACGCAAAAGGCGAAUAUCCAACUGGGCGUUGUGCUGCUUGACGAGCAGCUGAGCUUUAGGUUCAAUGUUUCGGGCAAGAUCACGACGACGGCGGUGCCGAAGAAGUGGGCGGGUGAGAAGCUACGAUUGGAGAUACAGAUGAAAACGCCGACCGAGUAUACUUUUGCAGCAAUGCCGGCGAAACCGAAGGGAAGGGAGAGGGUGGUGCUGGGCACUGCGUCGGCGGAGCUGCUGAGCGGAGGGAGUGGCUCGUUCGUUGGGACGUUGAUCGGAGUAUAUUCUACUUGCAAUGGGGCUGGACAGGGUCUGAAUUGCCCGACUGGGACGCCGAACGCCUACUUCACGAGGUGGAGGUACACGGGAGAUGGCCAGUACAUCUCUGCGACGGAAGUGGUUAGGACAUAAACUCAAGCGUUGUGGUCUCGUGGGUAUUCUUUGCUCGGUGCCUACAUGUACAUACCUACCUACUACAGUCUUAGCUGGAGCCUACAAUCACAUAAGCAAUGGCGCAUGGAUAAAGCCUUAUU